UAAUGAGGUAGGCAUUUUGCCGGGAGUCUCACAUACUGCCAAAACCCAACGACAAAUCUACAUAGCUGCAAAUUAUCAGGAAUUGGCGCCUUAGUUCGGAAACGCGUUUACGUCCUUUUGCUUUUACUUUGGUCUAUUUAAUUUGACUAUAAGGAUUCCUUUACUCCAUUAUCUUUGAAAGCACCUUUCGUCUUGUUCCUGUUAUCUUUUCCCUUUUGAAGUAAUAGUCUUUCUAGUAACUAGUUUUUCAUAUAAAAAAUAUCGGUAUACUAGAUUACAAAAUGGCUUAUCAAACUCGUCAAGGAUUACCUGAUGGUUGGGUUGCUCAAUGGGAUCCUCGCUAUGAGCGUUACUUUUAUGUUAACGAGAAGUCCUCGAAGCCUCAACCUCAAUGGGAUUGCCCGGUACCAAACUUGAGCAUUCCUCCUCCUCCUAGUAAAGAACACUCUGCCCCUACAACUGAACCUCCUCCACCUUACACUAAUUCAGCUGCUGGAGGUCCUUCUUCUACCCCAGCUGGUCCUGCAGGUGGUUCAGGAGAUAGAGGACUUUUUAGUCGCUUACAUCACGGAGGCAGCAACCAACAACCUUACUAUGGUGGCCAACCUGGAUAUGGAGGAUAUCCUCCUUAUGGUGGAGGACCUGGUUAUCCUGCUGGUCCUCCUGGCCCAGGAUAUGGUUAUGCUCCUGCUGGAGGAUACGGUAGCCGUCCUAGCAGAUUUGGAGGUGGUGGUGGACUACUCUCGAAUCCCCUAAUGACUGGUCUUGGAGGAUUGGCAGCUGGUGGUUUAGCGAUGCAUGCUUUCGACGAUGUUUUUGAUCGUGAUAAUGACAAUACUGUUGUAGAAAAUAACUAUUAUGGAGAUGAUGGUUACGGUGGUAACGGUGGUGAUUUCGGCGGUGGUGAUUUCGGAGGCGGUGAUUUUGGCAAUAAUGACUUUGAUGGCGGUGGUGGUUUCUUUUAAUUUCUUGUCACAUGAAGAAAUUGUUUCCUUUUAUAAAAUUGCCAUGCUUUUAAUGUUAUUUUGAGAUGAAAUAUUCCAAGGAUAAUGGUGAUUCUUUUGCUAUGUUUGAUGUUUAUUCUAAUUAAUAAAUGAUGACAAAACAGAACAUCGAACAUUAUUGAUCCUUGCAUCGUCUACGAAAGUGAAGAAUGAAAAAGUCUAUGAUAAGUCAUGGACGAUAUAAACAAAUUUGAUUUUAUGUUUUUCUUAUACCUGGUUUUAUCAAUUUAGUAAACAUAACAAAUAAAUCUGUAUAAAUACAGAAGGAAAAAAUGAACCACGUUUAUUCUAGCAGAUAAGUAACUUUUACCCUUGUCAAACCAGUGUAAUUGCUUUUUAACUGCAACUUGCAAACAAAAGGAUCUUUUACUCUUUUA